UCGUCUUGAUCACGCAUGCGCACUGUUUGUUCACGCACGCGUAUUGCUAUCCUGCUAGCAAUUCACCGUUUUCACACCGACACCAAAAUCAGCUAAUAAAGCAUGGCAGAUGGAGAGGGUUUCGUGGUGCGAGUGAGAGGAUUGCCUUGGUCCUGUUCAGCAGAUGAAGUCCAGAGAUUCUUCUCAGACUGUAAAAUCGCAAGCAACGGCGCGAGCAUACACUUCACGUACACGAGGGAAGGGCGGCCGAGCGGCGAGGCGUUUGUGGAGUUCGAAAGCGAGGAAGAUCUAAAGAUUGCCGUGAAGAAGGAUCGAGAAACUAUGGGACACCGUUAUGUAGAAGUCUUCAAAUCCAACAAUGUGGAGAUGGACUGGGUCUUAAAGCACACUGGUCCUAACUGUCCGGACACAGCAGGGGACGGCCUGGUCAGGCUUCGGGGUCUGCCCUUCGGCUGCAGCAAAGAGGAGAUUGUUCAGUUUUUUGCAGGGUUGGAAAUCGUGCCAAAUGGGAUAACAUUGCCGGUGGACUUCCAGGGGAGGAGUACGGGGGAGGCCUUCGUGCAGUUUGCUUCACAGGAUAUAGCUGAAAAGGCUCUAAAGAAACACAAGGAAAGAAUAGGGCACAGGUACAUAGAGAUUUUCAAGAGCAGUCGUGCAGAGGUGCGUACGCACUACGAGCCGCAGAGGAAGGUGAUGGGAAUGCAGAGGCCGGGACCUUAUGACCGGCCGGGCGGCCGCGGCUACAGCAGCAUGAGCCGCGGGGUCUCGUUUGAACGUGUGCGCCGCGGAGGUUACGGAGGAGAUGGCCGUUAUGGAGACGGCGGUUCCUCUUUUCAGAGCACGACUGGUCACUGUGUGCAUAUGAGAGGCCUUCCUUACAGAGCCACAGAGACCGACAUCUACACCUUUUUCUCUCCCCUGAACCCGGUGCGUGUGCACAUGGAGAUCGGACCCGACGGGAGAGUAACGGGUGAAGCCGACGUAGAGUUCGCUACGCACGAAGACGCCGUUGCUGCCAUGUCAAAGGACAAGGCCAAUAUGCAGCAUCGUUACGUCGAACUGUUCCUGAACUCGACAGCAGGGGGCGGCAGCGGCGGAUAUGGAGGUCAGAUGAUGGGCGCGAUGGGAAACCAGUCGUCCUACGGCCACGGCGGCCAGCAGAUGAGCUCCGGAUACAGCGGCGGCUACAGCAACCAGAGCAGCAUGGGAGGAUACAGUGAUUACAGUAAUCAGGGCGGAAUGGGGAGUAGUUACUACGGCGGGGGAAGCCGCAGCUCGAUGGGGAUGAACGGCUUGAACAGCAGCAUGGGCGGAGGCUGGGGCAUGUAGCUACACCUAGAUCCGACUUCCACAACUCCCUGAUUUUUUUUUUUCUUCCCCCAUUCACUUUCUUCAUUUUACUCUGUUUUGUGUUAACAGUGAAGUACGUUUUGACGUUACUUUAGUAGUGGAAAAGCUGCCCAUCAGUUAUACGUAUGAACAAAGAUUCAGGUUUAACAGUUACAGCUUCCUCUGAGCUUCUGUAAUGUUAAAUAGAUGCAUGCAGUGAAGGUGUUUAUCAUGUGCUCUUCUGUCUUUUUUUUUUUUGAUGACAGACGUCCAAAUCUUCAUUUUUGCCGGGGCAAAACGUGUGUGUUAAAAUCUGUAUUGUUAAAUGUUCAUGUGUGAUUGCAAUUUAAACAUAUAUCUUUAAUUUUUGUAGCAUCCGUUUAAAGUUAGGUCAGUUUUAGUUGUAUAUGUGAAAACCAUUAGUCAUCCCUCAUCUCUCACGCUGUUUUUCCUUAAUUACUUGGAUAUCUCGUCAGAUUAAAAGAUGAAAGCUUUGAACUGGUGGCACAAAUAAAACUCGAAUUGGUCAGAGUUUAAAGGAGGAAAAAAGGGUUAUGUAUUGUUUUCUACAAGUGGCAUUUUAUUUUACAAAAAGUAUUGCCAUUAAAAUGGCAUUUCAGAAACUU